UUCCCGCCACUUCGCGCCGAACCUCCACGCGCGCCGCCCGUGCCGCGCCGCCGCAUAGACUCGCGCGCAAUCGAACGAUCGACUAGUGCAGUGCUGGGAUUCUGUGAUGUUCUGUUCUGUGACUGCCCUGUAGGGCUCUGGAUAAUCGUGUGCUUUGUGGAUUUUCAGUAAGACAUGCUGAAGCACGUGGCGGUGUCUCCGCACCGCGCACGCGCGGACUCCGUCAGCCUGGCCUCAUCGGCCUCUUGCUGCAGUCUCGGCUCGCUGGACCACAGGCACGACUCCGUCGGCGACCUCUCGCAGAGGACGACCACAAUCAAAGUGUACGCCCGUCGGCUCCGCCCGGAUAUUGAAUACAAAACCCUCUCCGUGACCUGGGGCACGAGGGCCCAGGAGGUCGUGGCCACGCUCCUGGGCAAGUUCCGGAUGCGGCACAGAGACCCUCGCCUGUUCUAUUUGAGCAUGGAAGUGAGGGUGCGCGCUGCGGGCUUGAGGACGACGCUGGUGUUGGACGACGAUGCGAGGCCGGCGGCGCUGCAGGCUUGCCAUCCGAAAGGAUACUCUAAGUUCUCUCUCGAGAUGCGCCCCGGCGGUCUGGUGAAGAUCUACGACUCGGCGCUGAUGUCGUCCUCCCAGUACAAGUGUUUGCUGACGAGCGAGCGGACGACCGCCGACGAGCUGCUGGCGAUCCUCCUGCAGUGCUACAAUUCUGCCGAGGGCGUGGAGCGGUUCUCUCUGUAUGAGGUGUGUCCCUCACAAGAGUAUGAGCGCAAACUACACCCUGACGACCUACCCCUGCUCGUUCAACGAGCGUGGCCCGCCGACAGCGACUGCCACUUCCGGGUCCGGCGCAACCCCCGCGCCCCGCCCCUCCCGCCGCGGACCCUCCCCCCGCCAGAGGAACCAGAAGACGAACCCUCCCGAGCCCUCUCAGCUCUCUCCCUAGAAUCAGACAGUGACAACAGGAGGUACAGUCCAGUCUACAAAUUCCCCAGCAUCAGCUAUUGCAAGGAAACGAAAAACGACUAUCUCUACAUAUGACUCGCUAAGUGAACUGUGCAAGUGUAAAUAAGACUUCGUGUGAAGUGUAAAUAGCUUUUACCUCAGGACGUUUCUAGGAGUGAAACCAAAGACAUGGCUUUGAUUAAUUGGUUACUAAACUGUAUCGACAAUGCAAUAGAGACUAUUAAUCGAUGAGGUGAAAUACGUAACUUUCCCAUCUUAACUUAAAUGUAUUGGAUUAUGUAAAAAUAGUAUGUAACAAAUUAUUUUCUAGUCUUGUAGUAUUUCACCUCAGUAAAGCGUAUGUAUCUUCUAUCGUUACCAAAAUUCGGACAAUAAUUGAAUCGGGCUUAAUGUAAAUUAUCUUGUAAAUAACUAAUAUAAAUAUUAGCUAGUAGAGACCAAAGAGGCAAGCGAGAAUAUAUAAAAUUAGUUAUUUUCCUGUUAUGUAUUGUAAUGUUUAAUUUAUUUAUGAAGAUGGCUGCCGCCUGUCGAAUUUCAACGUCUGUAAUAAAACGCAAGUUUUUCAUAAAA